AUGUCUCUAAUUCCAAGCUUCUUUGACAACCGACGAAGCAACGUUUUCGAUCCAUUCUCUCUUGAUAUUUGGGAUCCCUUUGAGGGGUUUCCUUUUUCAAGCACUUUAGCCAACGUUCCGAGCUCUCGCCGCGAAACCUCUGCAUUUGCCAAUGCUCGCAUAGACUGGAAAGAGACUCCAGAAGCCCACGUAUUCAAGGCUGAUGUUCCAGGACUGAAGAAGGAAGAGGUUAAGGUGGAGGUUGAAGAAGGUGGAGUGCUUCAGAUAAGGGGAGAGAGGAGCAAAGAGCAAGAGGAAAAGAACGACAAGUGGCAUCGCAUGGAGAGGAGCAGUGGAAAGUUCCUUCGCCGGUUCAGGCUGCCGGCAAAUUCAAAGGUAGAUCAGGUAAAGGCUAGCAUGGAGAAUGGUGUGCUGACUGUGACUGUACCUAAGGAAGAAGUGAAGAAGACUGAGGUUAAGUCCAUUGACAUCUCUGGCUCGGUAGAUAAUGUCCCAAAUUCUGCCCGGGAAACAUCUGCAUUUGCAAAUGCUCGUAUAGACUGGAAAGAAACUCCAGAAGCCCACGUUUUCAAAGCCGAUCUUCCCGGACUUAAGAAGGAAGAGGUUAAGGUGGAGGUUGAAGAAGGAGGAGUGCUUCAGAUCAGUGGAGAGAGGAGCAAAGAGCAAGAGGAAAAGAACGACAAGUGGCAUCGUGUUGAAAGGAGCAGUGGCAAGUUCCUUCGCCAGUUUAGGCUGCCGGAAAAUGCCAAGACAGAUCAGGUAAAGGCUAGCAUGGAGAAUGGUUUACUUACUGUGACUGUGCCUAUGGAGGAAGUGAAGAAGCCUGAGGUGAAAUCCAUNCUUCGCCGGUUUAGGCUGCCGGAAAAUGCCAAGACGGAUCAGGUAAAGGCUAAUAUGGAGAAUGGUGUGCUUACUGUGACUGUGCCUAAGGAGGAUGUGAAGAAGCCUGAGGUUAAAUCCAUUGAGAUCUCUGGUUGA